ACAUAACCUGAGAGACGUGAAACUUAUGUGACAUUUCUGAGAAAGACUGCAGAGUUACGUGAAGGCUGCUUGUCUGCAUGGACUCUCAAACGGCCAAGGAUGAACAUCUUUCUAGACUUUCCACGAUGCUUCACGGAAACUCUGACACGGUGGACUUCAUGUUAUGUUGUCAUGUUUAUGUUUCUAACUGUCAGCAAAGGCUCAGCUUGUCAGGCUCCUUCAAGCCCUCAGUGCUUCAGGACGAUUGAUACUGCUUCCGUUUACAUUUGUGAAUGGAACAUGAUGACGGCCAACAAUGUAACAUUUGACAUUUAUUUUGAUAAUAAACCGUUCAAGGCCUUUGAGAAGACCUGGUGUCAUAUAAAUGAAGAACUGCUGAUUAAAUUUCGCCCAGUUGACAUUUGGGUGAGAGCUUAUGUUGGUAACUCCAGCUGUGACUCGCCCAGGACUACUGUUGUACUCGGACACACAGUCAAAUAUGAUGCACCACAAAAUAUUUCAUUGUCCUGGUCAAAAAAUGAUCUCAUGUUGAGGUGGAGAGCUGCUGAUAUUCACCCAGCUUUCGUUGAGGUUCUCUUCAGACGACGGGAACACCCCUCAGAACCAUGGCAAAACAGAUCCACUACUACAACCAAUGGCACUUUUUUGUACCAGGUCAUUGUCAUGGACCUCCAGAGUGAUACAGUUUAUGUGGUUCGGAUCAGACAACAGUCCAGUAAGGCUCAGAACCCACUGUGGAGCGCAUGGUCUCAAGAUGUGAUUGUUCCUGCAGAACCUAAAGUUGAACCUAAAGUUGCUAUGAAAACCAGUCUUUUAAAUGGCUAUCGAUCAGUGAAGCUGAGCUGGAAGCCGAUGCUUCACGCAGCAGGGGUCCCAGGAGUGACCUACAGGCUGACGGACACACAGUCGUCAUGUGGGUGUCCGUGUAUGAAGAGGGAACCUUUUGAGACGGAACAACACUCCUAUGAUAUGUUUGUUUCGUACUCUGCGGUCAACAUCUCUGUCACAGCCAUAAACGCAGCAGGACGCUCUCCUCCAGCAACCGUGCAGCUCCCGGCCAGAGCUGCAGAUUCAGAAGCUUGUAACAAAACGUUGCUGCAAAACUUGAAUAAGAAAAGCUGCCACGAGUGGUAUGAGCUGUUAGAAGAAGGUCCAAGACUGGAGAAUGUGAUAACGUUAACGAGAAAGAAGACACCGGAGCAAAGGAAGGAACUGAUGAACAACAUAAGAGACUAUGUCCGCUACCUCUACUUUGAACACAGAUGUAAUAAUAGAAAGCCUGAAACAGUUCAGAUGUGCAUUUUUUAUAAACGAGAGAGCGCGCCUGACAGGGAACCUCACGCCUUCAAAGCUCUAAGCCAAACACCGACCUCGGCCAGUAUGUGGUGGAGGCCCAUUCCUCUCGUUAACCAGCGAGGCCACGUCACGCACUACAACGUGUGCAGCAUUCAAAUCAGCCCCCAGAAUAAGUCCAAAGAUUGCUUUAAUGUAUCGACUUCACUGCUAAACUUCACUCUGAACAACUUGACAUCCGGGGCGAAAUACAUCAUCAGCGUGGCUGGAGUGACCCGAGCGGGAGAAGGCCCUGCAGCUGCAGCCACAGUGACUGUAAUGCUGCCAGAGAACACUGGGAAUGUGUGGUGGAGUUUCGGCCUGCUGUUAGUGUUCUUCUUGAUCUCCAUGUUGUGCACAGUUGUGUUGAAGAGAAUCAAAAACAAGAUCUUUCCUCCUGUGCCGAUGCCGGUUAUUCCAGAUUUCAAGCCCUGUCAACCGGAGACUCAGGAGAUGCUGGAGGAGAAAGAGGAGGUGCAUGAGUUGAAUCUGGAGCAGCUUCCUCCAGAGGACAGGAGGUGGGAUGAGGGAAUGGACGGGCACGUAGAGGAUGAGAGGGGCGAUUCAAGGAUGUCAGGAGAAGAUAGUGAUGAGAGCACCGGCUCAUUAGACGGGUCACAAAGCAGCCGCACAGAAGGAGAUCUAACAGAUCUCGAACAGAUUGAAAACCAGAUCGUCAUGCUGAUAUACAGAAAUGGUUUGGUCUUUGAUUUGAAAACAGACUCUUCCUAAACUAUCUCUGGCAUUUGCAGCAUCACAACAAAGAACAGAUGGAUGUGAAUAUUUCUUCCACUGGCUGAAUUAAUGCUGGACAACGUUUCUUAAUAGAUUUCUUUAAAUGUUUUAACAAUAAUGUCUUUGGAAAAGUAUUUGCUUUGGACGUCUUAAAUAAAUGUGUAAUAUUGUG